AUGGAAGUGAAAGAGCAACGUCUAUACUGCUCACUCACUAAGGCCCACAAGGACAAGGAGGGGGCAUAUCCUGGUUCUUCAGGGAACAGUGAAGACUGUGCUAUUGGCCACCAAGAAGUACGUGUUCCAACCCAGAAGUCUUACUCCUCUAGUGAGACCCUCAAGGUCUUUGACCAGCACCAAGACCAGACCAGGUUAUUUUAUGGGACAUCAAAAGGACACAAGGACAUGGUUCAUCGCGUACAAGAUGAGUACAACAUAGAUGGUCAUCAUUUUAGUCUCCGUCAACUGGGCAUCUGCGAUCCACCAUCACGCCAAGGCCUAGCAUUCUGCUCUGAGAUGUGCCUCCCCCACGGUGGUUUCUCUGUUGCUACAGCCCAGGACCAAGAUGUGGACAGUCAAGCUAUGAUGUCAUCAGAGAGAGCUAUGCGGCUGUGGGACCACGGAGGUUUGGGAAAGUCAUCUCAGAGUUCCUGUUUAUCCAGCCGCUCCAACUCAGUGCUGACUCUUACCGAUACCGAACACGAGAACAAGUCCGACAGUGAGAACGUGUCAUUGGAGUGUGAAUGA